AUGGCGUGUCGGCUGCCCGGCGGGAGCGACAGUCCAGCGGCUUUCUGGGAGAUGCUUGCGGAAGGUCGCGACGGCAUUGUGGAAGUGCCGGCAAGCCGAUGGGACGUGGACAAGGUAUACGACGCUAACCCUGACGCGGAGAACAAAUGCUAUGUGCGUCAUGGUGGUUUCAUCGAUGAUGUGGAGCUGUUUGAUGCAGCGUUCUUUGGAAUCUCUGCCAUGGAAGCUAGUAGUAUGGAUCCACAGCAGCGGUUGUUGCUUGAGGUUGGAUAUACAGCGCUGUACGUUGCUGGAGAAUCAAAGGGAUCCUUAUUGCAGAGUUCCACCGGUAUCUCAACGAACGAUUGGACGAGGCUUAUGUCGGAAUGGGCGUCGGUCUACACAGGAACCGGGGCGGCUGCCUCGAUCGCAGCGAACCGGGUAUCGUAUAUCUUAGGAUUGAAGGGUCCAAGUGUGAGCAUGGAUACGGCGUGCUCGUCAGGGCUAGUAGCGUUAGAUAUAGCUGCACAGAACCUGAAACGAGGACGUUGUAGCUUAGCCUUUGUUGCUGGCGUCAAUCUUAUGUUAACUCCUCAUGUAACUGUUGCGCAUUGCAAAGCACGGAUGUUAUCAAUGAGUGGGCGAUGCAAGACCUUCGACGAGUCCGCCGAUGGAUAUGUGCGUGGCGAAGGCUGUAGUGGGUUGGUGCUGAAGCGUUUGUCGGAUGCAACUGCGGCAGGCGAUCGUGUGUUGGCAGUGGUGAGGGGGAGCGCAGUGAAUCAAGACGGUCGCAGCGCGAGCUUGACGGCGCCGAAUGGUCCAUCGCAAGAAGAGGUGAUCUUGACGGCCUUGCAAGAAGCGCAGGUCUCACCGCUGGACGUGGAGUACGUCGAGACGCAUGGGACAGGCACAGCACUGGGUGACCCGAUCGAAGUCGGGGCUUUGAAAGCUGUGUACGGGCUGGGGCGUAGCGAGGAGCGACCGCUCGUGCUGGGCGCA